AUUCCACCUCCCGUUCGCGAGAUUUACGGUCGCAAUAGAGCGCCACAGGCACAAGUCUCCACCACAGUCUCUGAAUCAAUCAUGUGCAUUGGCCUUUGAGGCCUAUUCCCACUCAUAAGCGAUGCGCACCUAGCGGCUUCACCGAGUGUUGAUCGGGCACAGAAGAUAAUUCGAAAUCAAUCCAAUCCUUAUACACCGCCCCUCCCGUUCCUUCUCCUCUGGAAAAUCGGACUUAUACAAUGCUUCACCAAUAGGUCUUACACCGCAUCCCUUCGCUUUUUCUAUCUCUUUCGCGGCUUGUUGUCUUCCAUCACCUGCACUUCAGAGCUCAACAGCUCGUUCCCUGAACCUUAAUGGCGGCCGCAGAACAUGUGCUUGCAAUCAAUAAUGAGAAAUCAAUGGAGCUGCCUGUCCUGCCGCCUAACCAAGGUUUCGAGGCGUUCAAAGACAUAAUAUUUGGAUCUGCAGCUGGAAUGGCUGGCAAGGUCAUUGAAUAUCCUUUCGACACUGUGAAAGUGCGACUUCAAUCACAACCAGCUCAUAUUCCACUUCGGUACCAAGGCCCUUUGGACUGCUUCCGCCAAUCAAUUCAGGCGGAUGGUCUACGAGGGCUCUACCGAGGCAUUAGUGCUCCAAUGGCAGGUGCUGCCAUAGAGAAUAGCUGCCUCUUUUUCAGCUACCGCAUCAUUCAGGAUAUUCUAAGGUCCACCUGCUACCCUACCGCGGACUCUAUGCCUUUCUCAGCUCUUUUGUUCAGUGGUGCUGCUUCCGGGUCUAUCACCUCGCUUGCACUUACCCCGAUUGAGCUCGUCAAAUGCAAAAUGCAGGUACCACUUGAAGCUUCUAGCAGCAAGAUGCCCGGGCCAUUGACUCUCGUCGCCGUUAUAUUUCGUCAGGACGGUAUUCUUGGUUUUUGGAGGGGCCAGAUGGGAACGUUGAUUCGUGAGACCGGAGGAGGAGCUGCCUGGUUUGGAGGUUAUGAAGGAGUAUCGGCUUUCUUUCGAAAAUACCAUUCAACAGCGUCGCCUCGCGACUCUGAAUCACUUCCAAUCUAUCAACAAAUGAUCGCAGGGGCCGCAGCGGGUAUAAGCUACAAUUUCCUGUUCUAUCCGGCUGAUACAGUCAAAUCACGGAUGCAAACCGAGGACAUCAAUGGUCCCGGAAAUCGUGGUCAAAGGCAAACAUUCUGGAGUGUUGGUAGAGCUUUAUGGAAGCAGCAGGGGCUGAGGGCAUUGUAUCGAGGCUGCGGUAUUACAUGUGCUCGUUCUGCGCCCAGCUCAGCGUUCAUCUUCACCAUAUACGAAGGGCUGCGGAAUUAUUUCUCAUGAGCAUAAUUGUUUAUUACUUGCCGGUGUCUUCCCAUUGACUCUCGCUUCCUCUCCCCCGGCCCCCACCUCCUUCCUCUAGCUUGCUCGCGUUUAUGAUACCUCACUUGAUGUAUAGAUCUUCUGUCUUCUUCUGCUUUACGGCAGUCAAACAACUGGGCCAAUCUGGUAUUGGCAUCUUUACAAAAGGAAUCUUGUUUUUCAUUCUGAAUUGUGGCACAAAUACCCACGAUGUUAAACUCAGGGCUGGGAAACCAUAUACAUAGAUCAAAGCAUAGAAAGGAAUAUCAUUGUGUAGAUUGGUUAACUGCUCUU